CUCUCUCUCUCUCUCUCUCUCUGUAGCCUACCUCACGAUCUCCCUCUCUCUCAGGGUUUGAUCAAAUACAGGUGCUGUGAUACCUCGCAAAAUGGACUUGGUAUCUAAAUAUCAGGGGGUUGUUGGACGUGUCUUUGGGGCCGAAAAUUCAGCUUCAAGUGAAGAUAGCUACGUUGAACGCUUGCUCGACCGUAUAAGUAAUGGUGUCCUGGCAGAGGACAGGAGAACUGCUAUGGCUGAACUUCAAUCUGUUGUCGCUGAAAGUCGCGCUGCCCAGCUAGCUUUUGGGGCUAUGGGCUUUCCUGUGCUUUUGAGUGUCUUAAAGGAAGAGCGUGAUGAUACUGAAAUGGUUUGUGGGGCUCUGGAAACUCUUCUGAGAGCCUUAACACCCAUUGGCCAUGCAAAAGGAUUGAAGAAUGAGGUUCAACCAGCUUUACUGAAUAGUGAUUUGCUUUCUAGAGAAAUAGAAAGCAUUUCUCUGCUUCUAAGUUUGUUGUCAGAGGAUGAUUUCUAUAUACGCUAUUACACACUUCAACUUUUGACAGCCCUUUUAACAAAUUCUCAAAAUAGGUUACAGGAGGCUAUUCUGACCAUUCCUCGUGGUAUAACUCGGCUCAUGGAUAUGCUUAUGGAUCGUGAGGUUAUACGAAAUGAGGCCUUAUUACUUCUCACUUACUUGACCCGCGAAGCUGAGGAAAUCCAAAAAAUUGUGGUCUUUGAAGGUGCUUUUGAGAAGAUAUUUAGUAUUAUCAAAGAGGAAGGGGGCUCAGAAGGUGGCGUUGUAGUACAGGAUUGUCUUGAAUUGUUGAACAAUCUUCUCCGGAUCAAUGCUUCUAAUCAGGUUUUGCUAAGAGAGACUAUUGGCUUCGAUCCUUUGAUCUCAAUUUUGAAGCUCAGAGGAAGUACAUACAAAUUCACCCAACAAAAGACAAUAAAUCUACUCAGUGUGUUAGAAACCAUUAGUUUGCUGAUAAAUGGAAGUUCAGAAGCUGAGCCAAAAGAUGCAAAUAGGCUGACAACUAAAACAAUCUUGGUUCAGAAAAAUGUUUUGGACCAUCUUUUAAUGUUGGGAGUUGAAAGCCAAUGGGCACCUAUUUCUGUGCGUUGCAUGGCACUUCGAUGCAUUGGUAACCUGAUUGUGAAUCACCCCAAAAAUCUUGAUGCCCUUGCAAGCAAACUUCUUGGGGAGGAGCCAAACGUAGAAGCUGCUCUCAAUUCUAUUCUUCGAAUCAUAUUGCGAACUUCUAGCAUGCAAGAAUUCAUAGCUGCUGACUAUGUUUUCAAGAGCUUUUGUGAGAAAAAUUCUGAUGGUCAAACAAUGUUAGCAUCCACAUUAAUCCCUCAGCCGCAGUCAAUGACACAUGCUCCACUUGAGGAGGAUGUGAAGAUGUCAUUUGGAAGCAUGCUAUUGCGUGGUCUUACCUUGAGUGAAAAUGAUGGUGAUCUUGAGACUUGUUGUAGAGCUGCCAGUGUUCUUUCUCAUGUACUCAAGGAUAAUAUCCAAUGCAAGGAAAGGAUUCUAAGAAUUGAACUUGAAGCACCUAUGCCCUCAUUAGGGGGCCCAGAACCUUUAAUGCACCGUAUGGUGAAGUACUUGGCACUUGCCUCUUCAAUGAACAAGAAAGAUGCAAAAUCAAGUGCAUCGGGGAUUUUGUAUGUGGAGCCAACUAUCCUGAAACUGCUAAUCAUUUGGCUCUCUGAUUGCCCAAGUGCUGUGCAGUGCUUCCUAGAUUCACCUCCUCACCUGACAUAUUUGCUUGAGUUAAUAUCAAACCCAACCUCAACGGUGUGUAUAAGGGGACUGGCGGCAGUACUUUUGGGAGAGUGUGUUAUUUACAAUAAAUGUUGUGACAGUGGAAAGGAUGCUUUUAGCAUAGUUGAUUCCCUAAGCCAGAAAGUUGGGCUUAGAUCAUACCUUUUGAAGUUUGACGAUAUACAGAAAAGCUUUCUUUUUUCAUCUGCCAAGCCAGCCCUGUCCCAUCAACCAUUGAUGAGAUCUACUGCAGCUAGUAUGGCAGAAAUUGAAGACAUUGACGAGAAUGAGGCAACUAGUCAGGAAAAUGAGGAUCAUCCAAUGCUUGCCUCGAUGUUUGAUUCUCAGUUUGUCAGUUUUGUGAAGAGUUUGGAGGCGGAUAUAAGGGAAAAUAUUGUAGAAAUUUAUAGUCAUCCAAAGAGCAAGGUAGCAGUUGUGCCAGCAGAAAUGGAACAGAAAAGUGGGGAAAGUGAUGGGGACUACAUCAAGCAGCUGAAAUCAUUUGUGGAGAAACAGUGCUCUGAGAUACAGGAUCUUCUGAGUCGGAAUGCAACUUUAGCUGAGGACCUGUCCAAGACCAGUGGGGGUGGAGCAUCCCAGUUUGAACAUAAAGGUAGUGGGGGCGCAGAAAGGGUCCAAGCAGAGACACUCCGAAUGAAACUUCAAGAGGCUUCUCAGCGGUUGGAGAUGCUCAAGGUGGAGAAAACCAAGGUUGAAUCUGAGGCUUCAAUGUAUCGAAAUUUAGCUGGGAAGAUGGAAUCUGAUCUGAAGAGCUUGUCAGAUGCAUACAACAGUCUUGAACAGGCAAACUUCCAUCUAGAAAAGGAAGUUAAAGCCUUAAAGAGUGGAGGAGCCAUACCUGUUCCUGAUGUUGAGGCUAUAAAGGCAGAAGCCAGGGUAGAAGCCCAAAAGGAGAGCGAGGCUGAAUUGAAUGAUUUGCUUGUCUGCCUUGGACAAGAGCAAAGCAAGGUAGAGAGACUAAUUGCAAGGCUGUUAGAGUUGGGGGAGGAGGAUGUAGAAAAGUUGCUUGAAGGUGUUGGAGAUGAUAUGGGUAUGCCCGAAGAUGAAGAGGAGGAGGACAAUUGAUGGUGCUGCUGUAAUAGUUUUACAGAGCAAAGUUUCUACAUUGUUGAUCUUUCUUUUUUCUUUUUUAUUGUCAAAAUUCUUGCCUUUGCCCGAUUACGGUUAAUUUGUUGACUCUCUUGUGUAUUUUCUUAGAUUGAAUUGUACAGUCUGACAUUGCUAUUUAUGGGUUUUUGAAAAUAUAUUGGGUUAUGGCAUGAUUAACUUUCAC